GUUGACGAGGAAGAUAUCGGGCUUCCUGUGGACGAUGUAGAUCAAGCAGACAUGGAUCGACUCAACGCCGAGUACCAAGAGCUGGUCAAGGAGGUGGGCGACAAAAUGGAUUAUCAGGUGCUUAGGUAUGCUGUGCCGAUGAGGUCCAGGAGAGCUUCGGAAGUCAAUGCUCGGGUGAGACAGAUGUACUUGCAAGUGAGGGCGGAUGGAUUGGAGGUGUUCAGGUUGCACUCAGAUCGAGCAAUGGAGCUUUGCAAUCGUCGUCUUCGCGAAUGGCUAUUAGACCGUGGAGUCUUGGCUACCACAGGAGAAGCUCAAACACCCCAACAGAAUGGAAGAGCCGAAGCCACUGUCAAGUUUGUGAAGGCCGAAGCCAGACUGUUGAUGACAACAGCGCAGUUGCCGAAACAAACAUGGCCCUUAGCUAUGCGGUAUGCCACAGCCCGACAGCGACACAAGGCCCUGGGAAGGACCGAUGAGCUUCCUUGCUUUGGGACUCCCGUUCAUGUCAGGACAAAGAUCUAUGGCAGGGCCGGGAAGUACGAUGUGGACAACAAGUGGGCGCAGGGGGUGUAUGUCGGACCUUCAGAAGAUGUUCAACAUGGGCACGUGGUACGGUUCCCCGACGGCACGUUUGUCACAAGCUUGCACCUGAAGCAGAAGUUAAUUAAUGCAGACGAGCUGGUGGAUUUGGAGCCUCGAGAAGUUGAGCUACCUCUGCCCGAGAGGAGAGUUCGAAGGAAGACGCGGUUGGCACGGAUACAAGGCGAGCACCCGUUGACGGCUGAGGAGGAGGCGGCUGAGCUCAAGGCGAAGUGCUUGUGGAAGGAAGGGGAUUGGUCCAUGCAAGCGAUGUUGACCUUGUAUGAGUAUCUCCAAACAGCUCGAGGGAAGCAUGUGUCAGGAAGAGCCGCGUCGUCACCGGGCUCGUCAUGGUACACCGGCAUGUUUGUUCAUGGGGGUGUGGCUGGUUUGAGGUCUUCGACUACAAGACUGAAGUGGAGUACAAGGUACAUGGUGGAAGUGGCUAAAAGGCUCACUGGGCAUCGAAGCUUUACGGCCUUAGGUGUGCUGCAAGACAUGGACAAUGGGUGUCAUAAGGAUUCACACAAUGAGGUGGACUCAGAAAAUGUGGUCAUGAUGCUACAGGCUCCUGAUUGUGGGGGAGAGUUAUGGUUGGAACAUGAGGACAUCGACGCGAGGUACGCAGAGUGGAAGCAAGUGUCUCGCAAGUUGUGGAAAAAGGGGUUCUCCCAUAAGUUGGAGGUGGGUCGAGCCUUCAAGUUCAAUCCUCGCCGAUGGCAUGAAGUUCAGCCGUGGGUCGGGAAGAGGACUGUCUUGGUGCUGUACACUCCAAGGAUCAACAAGCUACACUAUCGAGAUAAGGACGUGAUGGAGUUCCUGGGAUUUGAGAGUGAAUACUUGAUCCACAACAAUGCUGUGCAGUCCAAUGACCACUCCGAUGACCAUGUGAUCCACCACAACGCGGCGCAGACCAAUGACCACGCGAUCCACAACAACGCGGUGCAGUCCGAUGACCACGUGAUCCACCACAACGCGGCGCAGUCCGAUGACCACGUGAUCCACAACAAAGGAGCGCAGUCCAAUGGGGCACAACGCGGAGAUGGAGAACGAGAUGCACCUGAGCUUUAUCUCCUGAAGGCCCUAGAACCCCCUGAGGACGAGACUUUGGAUGAUGCGUUGCUCACUUUGACAGAGAACCAAAACCAGCUGCUUGAAGAUUUACAAGAAAGGGCCGAGCGACUGAGGUUCAUGAUUGAGGAAGAAGAGAUCCUUGCGGAAGAAUGUCGUCGAGCGGGGCAGCAAACUUCCGAGGAGGUGGAGAAUGUGCGAGCCUACUUGGACGACAUGAUGGACGAGGCGAAUCGCCUAAGGACCGUGAACCACGCCAAGGCCACCGACGCAUGUCUGAAGGCAAUGAUCACGCACGAGGAGCCGGACUAUGAGAAGCUUCUGCAGAACCUAGAGGGUGACUUGGAAGUAGUACAUACGGUUCCUCUUGAUCAAGUACGAGCGGCCUUGGACAAUUGGAUGGAAGCACUGGAAAAGGAGGUGAAUCAGCUCCUGGAAGGUACAUUGAAGCCAAUGCCUUUAUCCAGGGCAAGGGAGCUCGAGAAAAAGGGGCUCCUCAAGCUGGUACCCUCAAAAGGGGUUUAUACCCUCAAACCGCCGUCGGUGAAGGGCAAGAAGGUCAGACGCAAGUUUCGGCUCGUUCUUUGUGGAAACCAUGUGGGACGAGAUGACGAAGCUUUCAACCUUUAUGCAAGUGGAGUCAGUGCUGACACGGUCCGGUUGGCAUUAGCUUUUGCGGCUCAUCGGCGAUGGUCCGGAGGCACCUCAGACGUGACUGGGGCCUUUUUAUUGGCGGAGUGGCCAGAUCAUCUAGCACGUUAUGCCAUUUUCCCUCCGAAGGUGUUGGUCGAAGCUGGACUAGCACGUGCUGAUGAGGCUUGGGAGGUCAUUCGGCCUUUAUACGGCUUGCGAGAAUCACCGGCCAUCUGGGCCAAGUGCAGAACAGAUAGACUGAGGGAAGCAAAGAUUGCCUAUCAGGGCCGGACUAUCGUACUGAAGCAGUCAGUUGGAGAUCCUGAGCUAUGGCUUGCUUUCGACGAGGACGAGGUCAUGCGGGCGAAGGGCGGCCUUUUAGCCCUUCUCAUCACCUACGUUGAUGAUCUCCUCUAUCUGGCGAAUAAGUCUCUGAUUGCAGCACUGCACUCCUGGGUACAAGAAGCUUGGCCGUGUAGCGAGCUCGAGUGGGCAGACAGCAAGGAGGGCACGAGGUACCUUGGCAUGGAAAUCCACCAAAGGCCAGACUAUGCGUUUGAGUUGUCGCAAGAGGGCUAUAUCCGCGAGUUGCUAAGAGCCUACGACAUGGAGGAGACUUUGUCAACGAAGCUACCCUGCCCGCGCGAAUGGCUUGGAGAGGAUUCGGAAGAGGAAAACUACACCGUGCAAGAGCUCAAGCAAGGACAGAAGGCGGUUGGGGAACAGUUGUGGUUGAUGAUGAGGUGCCGCCCUGACUUGCAGUUCCCGGUCGGUUACCUCGCUGCCAAGGUCAGUAAGCAGCCCAAUCGGGUUGUACAGAUUGCGAAAAGGCUCCUCGCCUACCUCAAGGCAACGGUUUCAAUGAAAAUGGUGAUUGGUGCAACAAGAUCUGAGACCGAGAUUCCGAACAUGGCCGCGUGGAGCGAUGCAAGCUUCUCACCACACGGUGAAAAGUCUUAUGGGGCUUCAGUGGUAACUAUCAAUGGUUCGCCGAUAGCAUGGAAGGCUUCCAAGCAGGCCUUCGUGACGCUUUCCGUGAUGGAAGCAGAACUGCUGGAAGCUUCUACGGCGACGCUGCUCAUGGAGAACAUCGGAUGCCUGCUGGACGAGAUCUGUGGCAGCCGUGUGGAGCGCAAGCUGUUCGUGGAUAAUGCUUCGGCAGUGGCGAUGCUGGUCGGAGGACCAGGUUCAUGGCGAACCCGCCAUCUUAAGGUCCGAAGUGCAAGACUACGAGAGCAGGUCGAGGCCCAGGAGUUGGCGGUGAACCAUGUGAAUGGCACAGCACAGAUAGCCGACCUGGCUACCAAAAUGCAUCCAAAAAUGCGCCUAUGGGAGUUGCUGUCAAUGUGGGGUUUUGAGGGUCUCCCUGGAGAUGCGGUCGAAGCCCUUCAAUCUAAGGCUACCUAUUUGGCAUGUUUGGUGCUGGCUAUGAUGUGUCAACCUUCAGAAGCGAAGGAAGUUUCAGCGGCCCCCAUCCAAGUGGCAGGCAUGGAUGAGCUACUGUUUGUCACCGUGUUGGUUUGUAUAGCUACGGUCGCCGUCUGGGAAGCUGCUAAGUGGGCCUUCCAAUGCGUGAUGAAGGCAUGCAAGGAGAGCCCGAAACAAAGAAAGCUCCGCAGACUGCGAGAAGCUGCCAGAGCAGCAGCUGAGGAGGAGGUGGAUCGAGCAGUGUCGCAUCGAUCUAUGGAGACGGAGGAGCCCUCGACUCCUCCAACAGCUAGAAGGCCUACUACCCCUCCGCGAUCGUCUUCUUCAGUACAAAGGAGCAUGGAACCUAUGUAUCCAACAGGAUGCGCCUUUGAAGCAUGCCCGUUGGACGCAUUUUACAAGACGGACUCCAACAAGUCCAAGCUACAUACGGAUCCUCGCUGCCACGGACUUCGGAAUGCAGGAACAGUGUACAAGGUGGAGUAUUGUGCGUAUUGCUCCAAGAGUGAACCUUUGUUCGUCAAAAGAUCUCGAUCUGUUCCAAGAAUGAACUUCUAA